CAGCAAGAGGCACUGGGAGAGAGCGAGAGGGCUGGGAGCCCAGCAAAUGCAGCAACAGCAGAAGGGAGACUGAAGAGACGCUACUCCAACUGUUGAUUGAAUUCGUCUUAUUAUUAUUAAUUUUAAUUUUCUUCACUCACUCGAUUUCGGAGAUGGAUUUAUUUUCUCUGAAAUCAGAACAUCUUUUGCAUGCUGUUGGCUGAUCCUGAUGAAUGCCUGAUUGAAAGAGGCCACCCACCCAUAACAGAGAGGGGGGAAAUCCCCACUACAACAGAUUGCAGAAUUAACUAUGCACAUUGGGUCUGGACUUUUAUGAAUAGAGGACAAUUGGGGGGAACAUACCGAACUGAGAGCCGAGACUGAGCUGUGGAGAGUUACUGGAAACCUACUAUAUAAUUUUUUUUUAUUUCCCCCCAAAUCAGAAAGAUCUCGGGGUGGCUCACGCCUAAAAUAGAGGACAGAUUAAAAAAAAAAUACACCCAGCAAAGCAGACGCCUUCUCGGUGCUGUGGAUAACAGCCUUGUUUUCCUGAUCCUCAGCCUCCCGGAGAAAGAGGUAUAGUAAAAGUGCAGCUGGAUUCAACACCCCCUCCCUUUCUCCUUUUUCUUCUUCUUCAAAACAUGAUUCUGAUUUUUCUAUCUAUAGAGUGAGUCAGAGAAGUGUUAGGAAGAAGCUGCAACUAAUGUCUGUGAAGGGAGGAACAUGAGGCGAUAGUGAAUGCGAUUUGUUCCGCUGGAUCUGACUCAUCUAGCAGAUCGGAACACCUGAAUUUCUGGAUGUGUCAUUCACUUAUUUUGGGGGUGUUUUAAGAACCUGAAAUUAAAAAAUAAAACACUUCUAUCUAUUAGCCCCUCGAGAGGUAAAUCGUCCUGACUUGGCUUACUGCUGCUGUUGCUACUCCCCAUACCAAGAUGUCCAGAAAGACUGUUUGAGCUUGAGACUGCAGAAUGCAUUACACCAGACAUUAAUUUGUAUUUGUUUAAUCCAUUCCCCUUCAAAACAAAACAAACAAACAAAAAAAAGGACAUACUUUGCUCGCUUAAAAUAUUUACCACUUUUAUUCAUCGCCAAGAUUUUCUUUUCUAAAUGAAGAGGAUUGGGAGGCGGCAGUGCCAUUGGAAGGAGAUGCUGAAUAGAAAGAAAAAAGAAGCACUUGACAGCACAGCCCUGUGAAUGCAGAAACUGUUUCCCUUUUAGCCACAGAGUGUAUGUAUGUGUGUGAGUACUGGGUGGAUUUUCUUGCUUUUCCUUUUUCUUUUUUUCCCUCCCCCAAUUCUGAACAUUCAACCAUGGGUUGCCUGUUGAUUUCCUUUCUAUCGGAGAGGAAAGCAAACUGGAAUUAAACUGCAUAGAGCAAAGUGCUGUUCCUUGAGAGGAUGUGGUGGUGGCGGCUGCUACUGGCCUGUCUUAGAGAAAUCCAAGAGUGUAUAUGCGAAUGAACAUAGACUGAGAUUUUUUUUUGUUUCCUGUACACACAUACGCAUACACUGCUGCUGCUGAUCUGGUUGGGGGUUUCCUGGUUUCGAGAGAGCAUUUUUCAAGACGAGAGGGCGGAGGCUGGUAAAGGCAGGAAACUACAAAUCCGGACACUAGUUCUUUGCUCUGCAUUCCCCUCCUCCCCUCCUCCCUGGGGUUGCUUGGAAAGGAAAGGGAGAACUACGCCUGCCAGCGAGAUGCAGUCCGCCGCUGCCGCCGCCGCCGCCGCUGCAAGCAAUGCAAGAUUAGAUCUCUAAAUGCAGCAAAACACUCCCUGAAAACCAACAAGCCCGCGGGGCCACCAGACAUUUCUCUGUACACAAGGGAGGGCUUCAAAUCUAUUUCCGAGACUCGUCUGUUUCCUUUCCCUUAUCCCCGUCAAUCUCAUCGCGGGAGAUGAGUAACAAGUAAGGAUUUCACUUUACAAGCCUGCUUAGAGACACACCUCCCCGCUCUCUUUAUCUCCCUCCGCCUCUAUUUUUAAUAGUAUUUCGGAGACUGCGUGUGAGAGUGGCUUUUCAGCGCACUGGUGGAGGGGGGGGAAAGAAAAGAAAAGAAAAACCCUGCGUAUUUCUAAAACCUAUUAUCGCCGCCUCCUCCCUCUCCCCCUCCCCCAGCCCCGGACGAUUUUUUCUUAUCAUCCACUUCAUCAGUGAAGUUUGUGGAUCCUGAACUAGAGCUGGGGUUUUCCUGUAGAUACGAAGCACUUGUUUUACCCCUGCGCUAGGAAGCUGCUUUUAUUUUCACUCAGUGACCCUUAAGCUACGGUCCAUUUGCUGCUCCUCGCUCUGGGCAGAUGCUGUAGCUCAACAGGUUCAAGGAACUUGGGGAAGAAACAAGAAGAGCCUGAAUCAAAAAGCAGCUAGAGGGAGAAGAGAGACAGACCCUGUCUCACGCACGCACACAUAGGAGCACACACACAGAGCCCUGUUGUGUUGUACGCUCGCGGCACACAGACACGCACAGUCCUGCAGCUCCUGCCCCCACCCCGUUGGUCUGGGAUGUACCUUUCCAUCUGUUGCUGCUUCUUGCUCUGGGCUCCCGCCCUCACGCUCAAGAACCUCAACUACUCGGUGCCGGAGGAGCAAGGGGCCGGUACCGUGAUCGGCAACAUCGGGAAAGAUGCGAGGCUGCCGCAGCAGGGGCUUCUGCCCCCAGAGCGAGGCGGCGGCGGCGGUGUCAGCAUCGGAGCCGGGCGCGGCAAAUCGGGCAGCUACCGCGUUCUGGAGAACUCGGCGCCGCACUUACUGGACGUGGACGCUGACAGCGGGCUCCUCUACACCAAGCAGCGCAUUGACCGCGAGUCCCUCUGCCGCCACAAUGCCAAGUGCCAGCUCUCCCUAGAGGUCUUCGCCAACGACAAAGAGAUCUGCAUGAUCAAGGUGGAAAUCCAAGAUAUCAACGACAAUGCGCCCUCCUUCUCCUCCGACCAGAUUGAAAUGGACAUCUCAGAGAACGCCGCUCCAGGGACUCGCUUUCCACUCACCAGCGCCCACGACCCCGACGCCGGUGACAACGGGCUCCGCACUUACCUGCUCACCCGCGACGACCACGGCCUCUUCGCCGUGGACGUCAAGUCCCGCGGAGACGGCACCAAGUUCCCGGAGCUGGUGAUUCAGAAGGCGCUGGACCGUGAGCAGCAGAAUCACCACACCCUAGUGCUGACCGCCCUGGACGGCGGAGAACCUCCCCGUUCCGCCACCAUGCAGAUUAAUGUGAAGGUGAUCGACUCCAACGACAACAGCCCAGUCUUCGAAGCCCCCUCCUACCUGGUGGAGGUGCCCGAGAAUUCCCCUCUGGGCACCGUGGUUAUUGACCUCAAUGCUACAGACGCGGAUGAGGGCCAGAACGGCGAGGUGCUGUACUCCUUCAGUAGCUACGUGCCAGACCGGGUGCGGGAGCUCUUUUCCAUUGACCCCAAAACAGGACUGAUCCGCGUGAAGGGUAACCUAGACUAUGAAGAGAACAGCCUGGUGGAGAUUGACGUACAGGCCCGAGACUUGGGGCCCAACCCCAUUCCGGCCCAUUGCAAGGUCACGGUCAAGCUGAUAGACCGCAACGACAAUGCGCCCUCCAUAGGCUUCGUCUCGGUGCGCCAGGGGGCGCUGAGCGAGGCCGCCCCACCGGGCACUGUCAUCGCCCUGGUGCGGGUCACUGACAGGGACUCCGGCAAGAACGGGCAGCUGCAGUGUCGCGUCCUGGGCGGAGGAGGGGCGGGAGGGGGACUUGCAGGGAGCGGGGCCGGAGGCCCAGUGCCCUUCAAACUGGAAGAGAACUAUGACAACUUCUAUACUGUGGUGACUGACCGGCCGCUGGACAGGGAGACCCAGGAUGAGUACAAUGUUACCAUCGUGGCCCGGGACGGAGGCUCUCCCUCUCUCAACUCCACUAAGUCAUUCUCUGUGAAAAUCCUGGACGAGAAUGACAACCCGCCCCGUUUCACCAAGGGGCUUUACGUACUGCAGGUACAUGAGAAUAACAUCCCGGGUGAGUACCUGGGUUCUGUGCUGGCACACGAUCCCGACCUGGGCCAAAACGGCACCGUUUCCUACUCCAUAAUACCCUCGCACAUCGGGGACGUGUCCAUCUAUACCUACGUGUCUGUGAACCCCACGAACGGGGCCAUCUAUGCUUUGCGCUCCUUCAACUAUGAGCAAACCAAAGCCUUUGAGUUCAAAGUACUAGCUAAGGACUCAGGCGCCCCGGCUCACUUAGAGAGCAAUGCCACGGUGCGAGUGACUGUUAUGGACGUGAACGACAACGCACCUGUGAUUGUACUGCCCACCCUGCAAAACGACACAGCCGAGCUGCAGGUGCCCCGGAAUGCGGGCUUGGGCUAUCUAGUGAGCACUGUGCGGGCCCUGGACAACGACUUCGGGGAGAGCGGGAGGCUCACCUAUGAGAUUGUGGACGGCAAUGAGGACAACCUGUUCGAGAUCGACCCAUCCAGCGGCGAGAUCCGCACUCUGCACCCCUUCUGGGAAGACGUGACCCCCGUGGUGGAGCUAGUAGUGAAGGUAACGGAUCAUGGGAAGCCCACCCUCUCAGCCGUGGCUAAGCUCAUCAUCCGCUCGGUGAGCGGCUCUCUUCCAGAGGGUGUGCCCCGGGUGAACGGCGAGCAGCGCCGCUGGGACAUGUCCCUGCCACUGAUAGUCACUCUGAGCACCAUCUCCAUUAUCCUCCUAGCGGCCAUGAUCACCAUCGCGGUCAAGUGCAAGCGGGAGAACAAGGAGAUCCGUACUUACAACUGCCGCAUCGCAGAGUACAGCCACCCGCAGCUAGGCGGGGGUAAGGGCAAAAAGAAGAAGAUCAACAAGAACGAUAUCAUGUUAGUGCAGAGCGAGGUGGAGGAGAGGAAUGCCAUGAAUGUCAUGAAUGUGGUGAGCAGCCCCUCCCUGGCCACCUCCCCCAUGUACUUUGACUAUCAGACCCGCUUGCCCCUCAGCUCGCCCAGGUCUGAGGUGAUGUACCUGAAACCUGCCUCCAACAACCUGACUGUUCCUCAGGGGCAUGGGGGCUGCCACACCAGCUUCACUGGACAAGGGACUAAUGCAACCGAGACCCCCUCCACUCGGAUGUCCAUAAUUCAGCCAGGAACACUAUUGAUGGUGGAAGGACGAUGUGAAGCAGCUCAGACAGACAAUUUUCCCGCAGAGCCCAAUUACAUGGGCAGCAGGCAGCAGUUUGUUCAAAGUAGCUCCACGUUCAAGGACCCAGAAAGAGCCAGCCUGAGAGACAGUGGGCAUGGGGACAGUGAUCAGGCUGACAGUGACCAAGACACUAACAAAGGUUCCUGCUGUGACAUGUCUGUUAGGGAGGCACUCAAGAUGAAAACUACUUCAACUAAAAGCCAACCACUUGAACAAGAACAAGAAGAGUGUGUUAAUUGUACAGAUGAAUGCCGAGUGCUUGGUCAUUCUGACAGGUGUUGGAUGCCACAGUUCCCUACAACCAAUCAGGCUGAAAAUGCAGAUUACCGCACAAAUCUCUUUGUACCCACAGUGGAAGCUAAUGUUGAGACUGAGACUUAUGAAACUGUGAAUCCCACUGGGAAAAAGACUUUUUGUACAUUUGGAAAAGACAAGAGAGAGCACACUAUUCUCAUUGCCAAUGUUAAACCUUAUUUAAAAGCCAAACGUGCCCUGAGCCCUCUUCUCCAAGAGGUCCCCUCAGCAUCAAGCAGCCCAACCAAGACAUGCAUCGAGCCUUGCACCUCAACUAAAGGACCGAUAGAUGGUUGUGACGCCAAACCAGGAACUCUGGCAGAAGCAAGCAACCAGUACCUGUCGCCUAGUAAACAGUCAAGAGACACUGUGUUCAUGGCCUCCGAUCAGAUGGCUAGGGUCUUUGCGGAUGUGCAUUCCCGAGUGAGUCGAGACUCCAAUGAGAUGGACUCUGUUCUUGAGCAGUUAGACCAUUCCAACCGGGAUCUAGGCAGAGAGUCAGUGGAUGCAGAGGAAGUUGUGAGAGAAAUUGAUAAGCUUUUACAAGAUUGCCGGGGAAGUGACCCUGUGGCUGUGAGAAAGUGAAAGAAAAAAAAAAAAAGCAUUGGCAUUUUCUUGCCUCUUCUGUUGAUUUAGAAACAAUCCCCCCUGGUUAUUACAGUUUGACAGGGAUGAAGGAAGACCAAUGCUGCUUUAAGGCUUUUAGUGAACAUCUGAAGUGCCCACAAGUAUGUUCUUUUCACUGCUGUUUCUUUUUCACAGAUAACACUGGUUUCAUUUUGACCAAACUUACACUAGGACAGAGUCAAGUAUGCUUAAAGAAGGACAGGAAAAAAAGAGAGAGGAGAAAAAGAGGGAGGGAGACACAUCUUUUGACAAUCUGUUAAGAACGUAUAAGAUGAGAGGAAUGAAAUCUUUCUGAUCCUUGUAAGACUGUCCUCCAUGGUUAAUGCUGACUUUACUGUUUACCUAUAACCCUGUGAAAAACAGGGUUGACAAAUUUUGAUGUGUGGUGGAUUUCCAGCAGUCAUCACAGGCCUCUACUGAAAGUCCUGAAAAGAUUUUUGCAGUAGUCCAAGCUGCGCCAAACAUUAACACACAUUUGUGGUAAACGUUUCUGUAUAAAGUUACCUGCCACACAUGAAUACACAAAGAACAUUCCAUAUCAUUAGUCAACAAAGCAUAUCCUGGUCAUUCGUAAUACACUUCCUGCCAUAUAAGAGUUAAGUGUAAAAAUGAUAUAGUCCAUUUUGUCCUGCACACACAUUUACUAUUUCACUUCAUUAAUGAAGAAAAUUUUUAAAGGUUUAAAUGCCUAUUUAGCAUUUUAGUGUCCAACAAACAUAUAAAUAAUGAUCAAUGUUUUAAACUUGAAAUAUAGUGAAGUUUUCAGAAAAAAAUAGUUACCAUUGGAUGGUACUAUACAAGAAAAUUAACAUUAUUAACACUUUUUUAUCCAUUUGUGGACACUAAAAUAGCUCAGGAAAGUGAAAAUGUCCUAGACAUACAUGAAUCACAUGACCAUUUAAAUGUGCAAAUGUAAGAAGAUUCAAUGUGUUUACAUCAAAUGACAUAUUUUUAUUGAUUUAUUUCAGAUUCAGUGCAUAUGAGCCAAAUUGUUGAGUGUAUAAGAGCUAUAUUGUGUAUUUUAUUAAAUUAAUAUAUAGUUGUGUUGCAAAAAUAUUUGGGCUUAUAUUGUAAAUGGCAAGUGUUGCCUCGGUAGCUGUCGAACUCUAUGAGUUUUGUUUUUUCCUGCUUCCUUUUCCCCGUGGAGUGUGGGAAGCAGUGCCUCAGAGCAAAGUCUCUUGUUUAAUGUAUGGUCUAGCAAGUACUACAGUACAUAAUCUGUUCAAAAUGUGUUUGAGGGAGCUGAUGGAGCUAACUGAAAAGGUCAGAAAAUACAUCCAUCAGUCAUGGUUAUGUGCAAGUCCUUGUAGAAGCUUCUUAUUGAAAAUUCAUGUUUAAUAACAAAAAUUACACUUGAACCAAUACCUGGAACUUCUUGGGUUCUUUCUCCCCUCACAACAAUACACUUAGCUUCUGUUUGUGUAGAUAUGAUGCCCCUGAUUGAUUGUUCUGAGUAUCUUAAGGACUUCAAGACUCAAGCUGCCAUUCUGUCUCCAAAGCAUGAGAGUGCUUUUGUGCAUGUCUAGGUACCAGCACUGUCUAUGCCCAUGUUUUUUUCCUAUGUGCUAUCUCAUAUAAUAUUACAGGCUUUUAAAACAGAUAGUAUUCUUUCUGAUUUGAAGAGCUCAUUUGCUCUCUUUGUCAGAGUAGCAUGAGAGUGACCAAUUCUUCUCUAUGUUUUCUUUCUAUUUUCUGCUGUGGAUUUUGGCAAACAUCAAAGUACUUACAAAUAAGAAUGGGAAACCCUCCAAUUUCAGAUGGUCAAAAAAUGAAAUUAACCCAUUCAGAGGAAUCAGGAGAUGAGAAAGUGCUUUGACUAUUUUUUUCCCUUGAGUUUUUAAAAUACCUGGCUUUUUACAAUUUCAUGACAGAAUAUCAGGAUCAUACCUUAAAAAAUGUUGUGGAGUUAGAUGAAAGCUAUUUGUGCACUGGAACAGAGAAAUACAAUAUUGUGAGAGUGGUGGAGAAAUCCGUGCCUUCCUUUCUGGUCACCAAGCCAGUGUAGAAACAAUAUAAAUGUAUUGAAGUCCUUACAUUAAUUUUUUUAGUGAUAUGAAUUCAGUUUUGCAAUUUCAGACCUCACAAAGUUCUAUUUAAGCUAUUUCCAUCAAUUUCAGAUGUGAUUUUUGGACAGUACCUCAUUGCAAAACUGUUUUCAGAGGGAAGAGUGAUCAAAUCUCAUCAGCCUUACAAUCUUACAAAGAAUUGUCUUUGGUUCCUGGUAAUAGCUUUUCCAAAGCACUGCUCUUGGUUUUUUAUUAUUCUGAAAUAUUUAAAUUAGAAAAAAAGACAAAACAAACCAACAAAAAAAAAACAAGGGAUCUUGUACAUGUUGAACCUAGCUGCUCUCUGUAUUUUGGACAAUUUAUGUAUCUGAAAUGUGUUGUCUCUGUUAUACAAUAUUAUUUUGCCAGGAGACUACAGGUUGAUUUAGCUUGAUAGCUGAAAUUUGAUGGAGAAGUGACUCUGCUAUUUAAUUCUACCAAGCACUGUCUCUCUUCUACUAGACACAGAGAUCUACACAGAAAAAAAAAAAAAAUCAAAGGUGGUUGUUUACAUGAAAUCAAGUGAGUGAAUAGGGUUCAUUUUUUUCAACACUCCUAACCCUGAAUAACCAGCUACAUCAUUCAUUGUAUGUGUCUGAAUAUGUUCAAAACAAAUGAACCGUGAAACAUGAGAUUUUAAGAAUUGGUUGUGCCAAUGUAAGAAGAAUUUACCUUUAGGCUCUCUGUCACUAGUGAUUUACUAGCUUUAGGUGUUUAACACAUUAUAUGUAUUUAGUAGUGAUUAUUUAUUUACUUGACUGAGGUAAUUCAGCACCCAUGACUCUGAGCUUUCUAGCUGAGUUGAGGGAAUCUUGCUUUUAUUCAUCUGGCCAGCAGCUACCUUUGUCAUAGACCUCUGGUGCUUUGCUUCCCAUGAAGCCAUUUGAGAUUGCCAACUUCACACUUUUGGAACAGCCUGUAUCAGCAGGCAAUGCAUGAUCAACCAGUGGAAUUUGAAGGGGCCUCACAUCAUGUAUAAAAUAGGAAAAAAGCUCACAUCCUCAAAUUAACCCCUCCAUACACACACACACAUGCAUACGUACAUACAUACAUUAAUUAGCUCAUUUCUCAGCUGCUAAAAACCGCAAUUUUCGAGGUCAAGCAGAAUAAAUGCAUUUUGUAGAAACUUUUGAAAGAUAAUGUUCCAACAGUUGUUUAUGGAUAAUAAUAUUGCCUACAAUACUGUUAUAAGGAAAGAGAAUCAGUGUUAUUUAGUUCUUUCUCAAAAUAAAUGCUAAAGGGGAAUCCAACAAUUUCAGAGAAUACUUUCAUAGCCUUGCUUUAGUGACUUCAGUGAACCUUAUUGUAGAUAGUAUGUUAAGGUUGACUCACCACACCGUAAAUUAACUGGAUUCAUGGUCAGAAAAUUGACUUUAUCUUGAUACCCCCAAUUAGCAGAGACCUUUUUAACUAUGAUGUGCCAUUAGAGCCUGUAGAUGGUGCCCAUUUAGAAAUGUGGCCAUAAAAAAAUCAUGUGAUGACUAGUAAUGGAGCAGGAUGCUUUAUUAAAACCAGCUUUAAAACUGAAUGUUGCUUAAUGGAGUAGAAGUUGCUGAGGUCAACAAGUAGUCUGAGGUCUGGCAUAAUAUACAUGCACUCAUUAUUGUCUAAUUACAUUCUUUUUGACAACAGACAGCAUUUAUCAGAGCAUUAAUUCAGAUGAGAGUUUUGGCUAUCGAGAUUUGUUGAUUUGAAACAUAAUUGAAUGAGACCUGAUUCAAGUCUUGAUUCCCCUGGCCCCAUUCUUCCACAGGUUGGCAGUUCCCAUCUAUCAGCUUCAUCAUCCCCAUAAAGUUCUGAGCUGCACCAAGGAAUUGGUGAACAAGGACAACAAAAGCAGCAUACAUUGUAUGGAUUAUCUCAACGCUAUUGUCUAAUGGCUGUGUUUAAUGUGACCUAUCUGGAAAAUGAGGACUACGAAUAAAAAGCAAUUACUAAUA